CUUAAGAUUUUUCGUAAUGGAUCCUUUAUUAGGUGAAUUAACUGACGACGAAGACUUUUUAGAAUUAGUGAGACAACAUGAACGGCUAAGGAGACCACAAACAGUACGAUUUCGACCAAACAAUUUCGAAAAAUGGAAUGACGUGGAUUUUAAAAAAAGAUUUCGACUUGCUAAACCUAUUGUGAAUUAUUUAAUAGAGGAAAUUUCCGGUUUAAUUGCAUCUAAAACAAACAAAAAUCAUGCUUUAACACCAGCUGACAUGGUAUUUAUCACAUUACGGUUCUUAGCAACAGGAUGUUUUCUACAAAGUGUUGGUGAUAUCAGUGGUGUAGACAAGUCUACUACGAGCCGCGUGAUUACAAAAGUAACUAGAGCUAUAGCAUCUUUAAGCAAGGACUUUAUUAAAAUGCCAAUGGGAGUGGAAGAUAGAAAUUCAAAGGCACAAGGAUUUUAUAAUAUUUGUCGCUUUCCAAGAUGCAUAGGAGCAGUUGAUUGUACGCAUGUGAAGAUACAAUCUCCUGGAGGGGCAAAUGCAGAGAAUUACCGCAAUAGGAAAGGAUUUUUUUCAUUUAAUGUCCAAGCAAUUUGUGACAGCGAUUUGAAAAUAUCUAACAUUGUGUGUAGAUGGCCUGGUUCUACACAUGAUUCAAUGAUUUUUAGAAAUUCUAGAGUAAAGGCUGAGUUUGAAAAUGGAGUAUAUGGAAAUAAUUUAUUACUAGGGGACAGUGGGUAUGGAGUAAAACCAUACCUAAUAACCCCUUUGGCGAAUCCAACAACGAGGGCUGAAAACUUAUUUAACGAAGCUCAGAUAAGAACAAGAAACCCAAUAGAAAGGUGUUUUGGUGUACUAAAAAGAAGAUUUCCUAUAUUAGCGACAGGAAUCCGUUUAAAUGUUGAUAAAGUAGAAGCAAUAGUGGUUUCCGCUACUGUUCUUCAUAACAUAGCGUGUCAUUUUGCAGAUCCAACACCAUUAGUAACUGAUGAAAUUGACGGAAGUCAAAGCGGAAAUAAACAUUGGAAAUAAUAUAAGAGAACAUGUUCCAAAUGACUUGGGUGAUAUAAAUAAUAGUUUUAGAUAUAGUUUAAUUAAUGAAUAUUUUGAAUCACUGUAAAUAUGUUAUUUUACGAUAUAGAAUAUAUUGCUGAGUAUUAAUUAUUUACAUCUAGAACUAAUUAUUUACGUCUAGAAAAUGUUUCAAUAUUAUUUUACUAAAACAUUCUUAAAAUGUCUUAAUGUUUUAAAGUCAAAAUAACUUGUUAAUUAAUUAAAUUGUGAUUAUAAUUACCGUAAAAUAAAUUACCAUUACAUACUCUUGUAUAUAUUUUGAUUUAUGUAUAUAAUAUUAAUAUUUUUUAUUGUAUGUAUAGGAUUAUUUUUAUAUUUUUGAUAAUUCUGAUUAUAAGUAGAUAAUUAAAUAACAAUAAUUAAUAAAUGAUAUUAAAUUAAUACAAUUCAGUAUACUUGUUUGUACUAGAUAUGUAAUAUGUAAAAGAAAUAAAACGAUAUAAUAUGUAUGCAUAUUUUCAAAAUUCAUAUAUAUUGUGUGUUAAGUGUUUAUAUGAUAUUUUUUAAUAAUUAUAUAUUUACAGAGUAUUUAUUGGUCAAUUAUUUUUUUUAUUAGUUCCUUGCUAAAUUUUAAAAAUUGAAUUCUCUCAUCAUGCUCCCUUUCUUGCUGCCUCAUAAAGGCUUCUUGCUUUUCUUGCAUUUGAGACAUUUUUAAAUUGUGCUGUUCUAGGAAACAUUUCUUUUGAAGCUCAGCUAGUUCAAUUUUUGAACUACUCCAAUCUGUUAAUUUUUUUGUUAAACCCCUUACA